UAAAUCAAAUGCUUGGGGCUGAAGUCCGGGGUACAACAAGUGGUACGUCAAUGUCGAGCAAACCGAGCAAACACGCUAAACUCGCCCAAAUCACUUGUAUUCUUGGACGACCGGCAACAGAGCGGCUAUACUGUAACACGCAUUGAGUCGUAGUGAUUGCGGUAUAAACAAUUUGGCGAUAGAUCCUUGCACCUCGGGACCCUAAACAGGCGGUCUUUCACCCACAAUUUGAUCGGAGUUACAAUGUUUAUCCUUCGAGGUGUUCAGGCGACGCGUUGAGGGGGGCUCACGUGAUAGCAACAUCACGUGCAGAUAGUGACAUAAGCAACUCUUAUCAAGAAAAAUAUUUUGAGUAAAGUGCAUGAGGAUCAAACCUGACAAAAUCUGGUCGCGACCAGCACAGCAGCGUGAGCCGUUUUGUUGUAAGCUGCGCACAUCUGUCUCAUUCCCUUACAAACAAAGAUGUCGAAACGAACAGCCGAUGAUCAGGAGAACCCUGAGCCGUUAAAGGCCGGCCAGCGACCGGACUUGGGCGCCAAUGGAGAGGCAACACUCGAGUUCGAGGAUGAAUUCGAAGAUGAGUAUGAGUCCGAAGACGAGUUGAUGGAGGCGGGAGUGGAUGGGCGGCCCGACGCAGAAAGAGAAGCAGAACAGACACAAGAUGCCAUGGAUGUGGACACCAAGGAGCAGACAUUCAUCCCCGGGCGAUCGAUACUUCAGCCAGGAAUGUCGUUGACUCCGGACCCUUCGACCUACGAGAUGCUUCACACCAUGUCAACAACGUGGCCGUGUCUGUCCUUCGACGUCGUGCGUGACAACCUAGGCGAUAAUCGCAAACAGUACCCGCGGACGCUGUACGCCGUGGCCGGGACACAAGCGGAUUCGGCAAGGGCGAAAGAGAACGAACUGUACAUUUUGCGCUUGAGCAGUCUGUCGAAGAUGGACCGGGGGAACCAGACAGACUCUGAAAGCGACAGCGACGAUGACGACGAUGAAGGGGCCUCAGAUCCCAUCCUGGAGUCGAGAUCGAUUCCGCUUCCGAGCACCACAAACAGGAUACGCGCGUUCCAGCCAGCAACCGGGUCGUCCGACCCUACACAGAUAGCGCAAACACUGACGGCCACAACAAUGGAAAACGGCCAAAUUCUUAUCCACGACGUCACUCCUUACCUGCACUCCUUGUCCACCCCAGGCUACACUAUUCCUCCCACUGCAUCCAAACCGCUCAGCACUCUGCGAAUGCACAAAACCGAAGGCUACGCACUCGACUGGGCGCCAUCUUCUCUCCAUCCCAACGGCAGACUUCUUUCCGGGGACAAUGCAGGCCAGAUCUUCAGCACGCAGAGAACCGAGGGAGGCGGCUGGGUCACUGACACUCGACCCUUUGUUGGGCACACUGAUGCCGUGGAAGAGCUCCAAUGGUCACCCAACGAGAAAUUUGUGUUUGCUUCGGCCAGCUCGGACGGCACGGUGAAAGUGUGGGACAUUCGAAGUAAGAGCCGCAAGCCAGCGGUCGAUGUCAAAAUCAGCAAUACCGAUGUCAAUGUCAUGUCUUGGUCGCGCCAGACUUUCCAUCUGCUCGCCACUGGUGCGGACGAUGGCCAGUGGGCAGUUUGGGAUUUGCGUCAAUGGAAACCUCAGGCACCGGGUGUGGCGGGAGACUCGCAACUCAAGCCGAGCCCUGUCGCCGACUUCAACUUCCACAAGAAACCAAUCACUUCGAUCGAGUGGCAUCCUACAGACGACAGUGUCGUGGCCGUCGCUUGUGCCGAUAACACUUUGACUUUGUGGGACCUGGCCGUGGAAUUGGACGACGAAGAAUACGGCAAGGAAGCCGGUCUGGGACUUGGUGAGGGUGCAGAGAAAGUCCCGCCGCAGUUGUUGUUCAUUCACCACGUGGAAGAUGGAAAGGAGUUGCACUGGCACCCACAGAUGCCGGGCACAGUCAUGGUCACGGGUGGUAGCGGUCUCAGCGUUUUCAAGACCAUCAGCGUUUAGUGCAAUGUCAGCUAUGUACACAAACGACAGUUGUGAAGAAUCGAUGCAUUGGCUUGUGCCGCUUUGUUCAAGUUACUGCGAAAGUCCUAUCCGUUUCCGUUUGAUAUUUGCCCCCAUUUACCGACAGUGGACAAACAGGUCACUCGGAGCAUGAGGGUGGCGCUUAUUCGCCGAAGCACUUACUACAUCUACUAACGUCUCUCCAUAUGCACGUUUUGAUAAAACCAUACAGUUGCAUGACCUGAAAUGGAACACGCCUGUAGGAGCCUUGUCAUCUACAAAAAGCCUUUGAGAUCCAC